AUGCGCGUCCAAACACCCCUUCUGGCUCUAACAGCCUUCGUUGCCGACUUCACAUCAGCUCACGGUUUUGUUUCUGGGGUCACCGUCAACGGAAAAUGGACCGCAGGCGCUGACCCGGUGUGGUACUAUUACCCGACCGGUACAUCCCCAGUCACAGCUGGAUGGAACUCGCUCAACCAAGACCUUGGAUUCGUUUCCCCGAGCGCCUUCCAAACAACAGAUAUUGCCUGUCACAAAAGUGCCACUGCCGGACAAGCCUAUAUUGAUGUCAAUGCAGGAGACACUCUGAUAUUUUACUGGAACACAUGGCCAGAUUCUCAUAAAGGGCCUAUUAUCAACUACAUCGCCCCUUGCAGUGGAGAAUGCACGACCAAGACUGCAGGCAGUUUAGGGUGGUCCAAGAUCUCUCAGGGUUCGAUCGUUACGGGCACAACUUGGGUCACCGAUACACUUAUCGCAAACAACUUCACAUCCAGCACUGUGAUUCCUAAGAACCUCAAAGCAGGCAACUACGUUAUCCGUCAUGAGAUAAUUGCUCUACAUGGUGCGCUCAACGACAAUGGGGCUCAGAAUUAUCCGCAAUGCUUAAAUUUGAGAGUGGGAGGAAGUGGAACCGUCACGCCGCCAACAGGUACCGCCGGAACGAGUCUCUAUACCAGAACUGACGCUGGUAUUAUGUUUAACCUGUACACGAGCUACACAUCAUAUCCCUAUCCGGGACCUGCACUUUGGACUGGAGCAAAUUGA